AUGUCGUCAUCAGCCUGCAAUGCACUAGCUGUGAACCAGAAUUCUUGCAGGCGCAACUUCAUCGUCGUUUACCGAGCUGCCAACGACAACAGAGAAAAUUACUUCCGAAGUAUCUACCACCGAGCUGCCAACGACAACGGAGAGAAUUACUUCAAAAGUAUCUUCAAACGAGCUGCCAACGACAACGGAGAGAGCUCCUUCGAAAGCUUCAUCAGCGUCGACCGACCUGCCAACGUCACCGGAGAGGGUUACUUCAGAAGAAAUGAGCUGUCUGAUAAAAGAACUAAAGAGUACAACGACUUGCAAACGUCUUUGGAAAAAGAGUUUCAGGCAACCUACAAGAAUGAUGCAGAUUUCCAGAGAGUCAACAUUGAAUCGUUCAGCAAAGGAAGUGUUAUAGCCAAGUUUAAGCUAUUUUUCAAAACUGAGAAGAAGGUCCCACUUGGACCUUUGGCAGAUGAACUCAAGGAUGGGAAGCUUGGUGACAUCAACGCAGAUCCGAACUCGCUUAAGAUCUUACGCCCCCAAGAGAAAGAACAAGAAGAAUCUUCUCAGACCGAAAUUGUGGUAAUCGCUGUGGUUGUGGUCAUUGUUGCUGUUCUAGUGGCUGUCGCUUGCUGUAUACUGUUCCGUCGUAAAUACUACUACUACGACUUGAAAAAGAAAUCUCGCAAGCCACCAGAGAAGGACCCUGAACGCCACACAUACGAGAAUCCCGAGUACUGUGACAUCCCUGAGCUGGAAAACAACUACGAAGGCGUCACCAAGCCCGCACCUCAUUACGAGAUCAUAUCGCCAAGCCUUCCAAAGAAUCACGUUGUACCGGGAGAAGGGCUUGAAGCUAAAAAUCACACAUACGAGGAGCUUAAGGCAGCCAAACCGAUCUAUCAGACCCUGACACCUGGAGUAUCACAAGAAGAACAACAGAACAAACCCUCUUCUCAGGCAAAAGCUCGCCAUAGCGUUUAUCAUAACGCUGGUUUUCAAAACUAGCCUACGUUCACUGAGUUAUUUCCCAUUCUAAACAGAUUUUGUUGCUUUUUUAAUUGCUAACUUAAUUUUUUUCCUUACUGUGCUGUGUGACUAUAACAAGACGGGAUUUUUUUUUCAUAACUUUUUAUACUUGAAAGUCAUGAGAUCCAUUGCCCCUUUGAUAUCCAGGUACAUAUUUUUGGGGAUAACUCACAAUGAACUCUAAAUACUUUGAGUGUGACAAGUUUUCAUUGUCCAAUUUUCAACGUCAUCUCGAAACGGCUUUCCCACAAGACACGACAACAAACAAAAUGGAAAACAGACGCGUAGUUCUCGCUGACCGCUGUAGCGCGUGUCAUUCUGUCAAUAUAAUCAAUGCACGAAACAUCGAUAACGCACGUAUUUCACAAACGUUUUACAAACAUAUACUCGAAUUUUUUUCACAUUUUUAGAUAAGAAAGGAAUGACUUAGCUGCGAACCUGCUAAAGUUAACGGAACUGCUAAAAAUGUGUUUUUUUUUUAUUUUUCCAUUGAGGAUAUCGAAAAGAAUCUUUGUAGUUUAAUUAUUUUGAACAAAAAAAAAUUGGACUCGCAUCUUCGAGAGUUAUUUUAGAAAA